AUGACCUCGCACACCAAAGCCCACGACACGCAAUCAUUCUACAGCCUCUCCGGCAACUGGUCCUGCACGGCCUCCAUCGCCAAUUUCUCCGGCAGACGCGUGCUCGGCUCCAACCACGGUUGGCUGACCAUGGCCGACCCGCUCACCGACGAGUGCUGCCUCUGGAACCCGGAGCUCUCCCAGCAAAUCCCUCUCCCCCCACUCCACAAUUCGUUCCUCUACGACAGAUGCGUCCUCUCGAAACCCCCGACCGAGCCGGGCUGCACCGCCGCUUUCAUACGCUCGUGCGGCUUACACCUGUCCGUGUGCUCGGUCGGGGCCCACGACUUUGCCGAGCUGUACCUUAAAGAACUCUCGAACCCCACCCUGAUCGUGGCAAUCGGCGCAGCCCUCCACGGACAAAUUUACGGCGUCAUCUACUCCCCGCUUGGCUACCAGCUCGUGACUGUUCGUCUAGUCGACGGGGAAAGAGUCGAGCUCGGGUGGUUAAUGUCGGCUGACGGGUCGGGCCCUUGGAUACUGCCCCGACCGCAGCCGAGAUGGGCCGUGACCGUGCGCCCGAGCUACCUGAUCGAGUUGCCAGGUGGCACGGGCAAGCUAUUAUUCCUAGUCGUGAAGAUGUUCUUACCUGAAAAUCAUGCGGCGGAGGAGAAUGGCGUGGGGUUUAGGGUUUUCGGAGUAAAUGUCGAGCGGAGAGAGUGUGUGGUGCUCGACCGAAUAGAUGGGAUGACGAUUUUUGUUAGCUCGUGCGGAAAUGGGUUUUGUCGUUGGUCGGGAUCUGGGGGAGGAAUCAAGCCGAAUUGCAUAUACUAUGCGAAUGACGAGGGCCGGUUCGUGUAUGUGUAUGAUUUGGGUGAUAGGAGUACAACUCCGCUAUUGCUUUGUCCCGAGGCAAAGCGUCGUGGAUCGACUAACUAUUGGAUCGACCUCCCGGACAGUCCCUGA